AUGUCGGAUCAAGUCACUCCAGAAGUCCUAUGGGCUCAGCGCUCCUCCACCAGCGAUCCCGAGAAGAACUAUGUCUACCUGACAAUUUCCGUGCCUGAUGUGCCCGCUAAAUCUCUAAAGCUUGAUCUCAAGCCCACUGGCCUUACCUUCACCGGCGCUUCCGAAACUAAGAAGACCACCUAUCACCUCGAAAUGGAUUUCUUCGAGGAGAUCGAUGUAGAGAACUCAAAAGUCCACCACACCGCCGCAAAUAUUCAAUUGGUCCUGCGCAAGAAAGAGCUCAAGGAGGAAUACUGGCCCAGACUACUCAAAGACAAGGCUAAGGUUCAUUAUCUGCGAACAGAUUUCGAUAAGUGGGUUGACGAGGACGAACAAAACGAAGCUCCCGAGGAUGAUUACAUGAAUCAGUUUGGAGGUGGUCUCGGUGAAGAUGGUGGCUUCGGAGGCAUCGACUUCUCCAAGCUCGGCGGAGGUGAAGGUGGUCUGCCUGGUAUGGAAGGCCUUGGCGGUGCUGGUGCAGCUGGUGAUGCGGAAGAUGACGACGAUGACGAGGAAGAAGAUGAUGAUGAGAUGCCUGACCUAGAAGAUGAUGACAAGGAGGGAACUGCCGCCGGCGAGAAAGGGAAGGCUAAGGCUUAA